AUGGACCAUAACGAUGAGCGCAAGUCUCCUGUUCCUUUAUCGCAAUCGCCACCUGGUUCAAGUGCACCGCCAAUUUUGCCUAAGGCUAAACUAGUAGAUCCACCAUCGGUAUCGAAUACACAUGGCCAAUCCUCCAACGUACUGAAGAAUGUUUCUUUUGGUGUUUUGGGACCUAAAAAGCCAAAAGAUGUUUCGCCUAAGAUAACAAAUGAUACUCCAAGAAUACAGUCCAUGGACAAUGAUGUCACAUUGGAUUCAAUAGCUUCAGAUUCUGGGAUAUUGUCUACCAAAGAACAACCUAAGGCAGUAUAUGUGAACCAGGAUCUUCAAAAGCACAUUUUUACUUAUGGCCCGUACGUUCCUAGCAAGAUUGAAUCAUCUCAGGUCCCUCGACCUUCAAAUAUGCUAAGGAAUACGACAUCCGAGGUAAUUUAUGAAACUGGAAAGACAUCAGGACUUAUUCCUACAUUUGGUAAUCAUCGUAUAAUUGACACAGGAUCAGCAAGUCCAAUAUAUAUAACUCCGACACUUGCUGAGUUACCUCUUUAUGGCGAAUCUUUAUCUAAUAUAAAGCUGCCUUUUGGUGUUGUCGUACAGCCCUUUGCAGAAAAUGUGGAUGAAAAUGUACCAAUGAUAGAUUUUAUCGCUGAAAUGGGAGGAAAAGACACCAGAUGUGACCUUAUUAGAUGCACAAAAUGUCAAGCGUAUCAUAACCCUGCUAUGGAGGAUAACUCAAGGCAUAAUGUAAGAAUUUGUAACUUUUGUUAUUCCUCAUUUAACCUCACGACCGCUCAAGCAGAUACACUGGAGAAGAUCAGGUUAAUGUACCGAGAUACUUUGUCACCUCUUACAAAGGGAAGUAUAGAUUACAUUGCUCCCAAGCACUAUUACACUAAUGUAACGGUUGAUACUCCAAUUGAAUCUCUAACGAGCAAUAUCUCCAAUUUGCUUGGGAAGGCUGGUAGUAUUACCAAUAUUAGAUUACCAUCACUUACCAAACAAACUGAUGAACCAACUGUGUUUGAGGAUUACGCUGAUUUGGAGAAAUCCAGGAAUACUGCAUUUCAGGUACAUACCAUAGGAAACAACUCUGCCACAAAGUCUACACAGGAUACCAUGAUUAAUUCACUAUCGCUGUCGCCAAAGAUUGACUACAAGGCGGUACCAUCCUAUAUAUUUGUGGUGGAAACAACUGUCGCUUCGAAUACAAUAGGUUUAAAGGAAUCUGUAUUGUCAGCGAUAAAGAAUGCUCUAAGUAAUUGUGGAAAUUUUGUUCGUUUUUGCGUGAUAACGUACGAUUGUGUUGUACAUUUGUAUCCAAUUGUUGGUGGAGAGUUGGCUAUGUAUUAUGUUGCUGAAGUGGAUGAAUCAUUUACUCCAUGCACACCUGGUGAUUUAUUCUUGGAAGUUGAUGGAGAUUUAACGCAAGUUUCUUCAUAUUUGGAUCAGAUUUUGUCUGUUUCAAUCUUGAAGAUAGGUUCACAGACUUGCUCUAAUUUUGCAUUGAAUGUAGCAGUACGUUUGCUUGGUGAUUCUAAAUCUUGUGGAACGGUAACCAUGUUUUAUUGUUCCAUCCCAGACGUUGGUAUUGGUAUAUCCAGGAAUUCCAAAAUCACAAAUGAUUUUAACCUUACUGAUUCCCAAAAGAUUUAUUAUGAUUCCUUGAUACAAACUUGUUAUGAAUCCGGAAUUUCAGUGGAUUUGUACAUUUGUCCAGUGGAUAGUAGAAUACCUGGAGAUAUUGCACUCCAGUAUAUAACGCAGCAAACAGCAGGAAAAUGCCACUAUAUGUCAUAUUUUAAUGGUAAAAACGAUUAUUUGAAGAUAUAUAAUGAUAUUUUGAGACUUUUUACGCUACAGUGUGGUUAUAAUUGUGAACUAAAAUUGAGAGCCUCAAAGGCUAUUGCUAUUAAUGAGGUCAUAUGCCCAUUUAGUAAUUCUAGAGCUAUUAUAAAUAAUUCAACAGUAAAGGUUCCAAAAUUAGGCCCUGAUACUGCAUUAGCUUUCACUCUUUCCCUUGAUGAUUUAAUAGACAAUAGGCAUGCCUUGUAUCUGCAAUGUGCAUGUAUGUAUAAUAGUAGCUUAAAUGGCCAAAAAAUGAUUAGGGUACACACAUCUACCGUUAGGGUUACCACUUCCAUCAAUCAAAUUUUCAAAAAUACAAAUUGUGAUGCGGUUAUGAACAUCUACAUGCGAAAGUUAUCACGUGCAUUUAUAAAGACCGGAAAAUUUCCAAAGAAAGACUUCAUGAAUUCAGUUGUACAUUCGCUUACUUCGUAUAGGCAUCUGUGCGCCCCUUCAACUCCUUCAAAUCAACUUAUACUUCCAGACAAUCUAAAAUUACUUCCAAUUACUCUUAAUGCGUUAUUCAAGCAUGAGACAACGGAUGAAAAUGAACCAGAGUAUAUUCAAAAAUUACUUAGGGCGUUGUUGGCACCGGUGAAGGAGACCGCAUUUAUGUGUCCUAGGGUAUUCUGCCUGUAUAGGACUGUAAAUGAUGAUAGCAACGGUAUACCGGCGUCUGGUUGGAAGUUUAAUGCCAAUAUUGUACCUGCAUCAUCAUCCAACAUUUACAGUGAUGGAAUGUACAUUAUGGACGAUGGUCACAAACUCUUGUUGUACUUUGGACCUCAUGUUAAAUGGGAACUUUUACAGCAGCUAUUUGGGCAAAACCUUGUGCUGGAUGAUAAGUCUGCUAAUUCGUUGGCCCUUGUGGAAUCCGAAACUACGACGAAUUUUCUGGAAUGCGUGGAUCAAAUUCGCGCUGUCCACUCUGGAUGUCAGUAUAUACCGCUAAAGAUACUUCCUUAUACAUCUAAGAUCGGUAAAAUGAUUAAAUUGCUUCUUUUGGAGGAUGAGCGUGGCGAAGAACCGAGUUACAUCAACUUUCUGGUUAGGUUACACAAACUUAUUAAACAGGCGCACACUAAUCUUUUGUAA